AUGGCAGUCGGUGGACAAAAAAGUGGAUCUAAAGGCUCCAAAAAGAGUGGCAAAAAGAAGACGGCCGAUCCAUUUUCUAAGAAAGAAUGGUAUGAUAUAAGAGCUCCCACUAUGUUUUCCAAGCGCACUUGUGCAAGGACUCUGGUUACUCGUACCCAGGGUACUAAGAUCGCUAGUGAAGCUCUGAAAGGUCGUGUAGUCACCCUGAGCUUGGGUGAUUUGCAUGAGAAGACGGAAGAAGUUUUUAGGAAGUUCAAACUGCAAGUUGAAGACGUCCAAGGACGUCAGUGCCUCACCAACUUCCACGGACUGGAGCUUACUCGUGAUAAGCUUUGCUCGGUUAUCCUUAAGUGGCGUUCCACGAUCGAGGCUCACGUCGACGUCAAGACCACCGACGGUUACUUGUUGCGAUUCUUCAUCAUUUCCUUCACUCCUCGAGUCACUCGCUUCAAGUGCCGUCACACUUAUGCGCAGGCUACUCGUAUCAAGCGUGUGCGAGCACGCCUGGUGGAAAUUAUUCAGCAAGAAGUGGCGUCGUGUGACUUGAAGGAAGUUGUUAAUAAGCUUAUUCCAGACUCAAUCGCCCAAGAUGCUCGUAAAUCUGCCUCGUGGAUUUUCCCGCAAACCGAUACUCUCAUCAGGAAGGUUAAAGUACUGAAAAAACCAAAAAUGGAUUUGGCUCGUUUGAUGGAUCUCCACGGUGAAUCGAAGAGUAGCGGAUCCGGCGAAGGGGUUUCUCGUCCGGAUCACUACGAACCGCCUACGGUGGAUUCUGUGUAA